CGGAGCCAACUCUGUCCAAAAACACACCUCACACGAUAUAUUUCUCUGCGGAGGACAAGCUUUCGCGUAAAUCCGUAGAAGAAGAGAGAAUCGCAUAUUGGCUCUUCGAAAUCGCUCCAGAGAUGUAUCAGGAGCGUAGCAUUUGUUCAUCAUCUACAACUAUGCAAGCAGUUUCAGUGACUACACAUUCUGAUGCCGAAGAAAGGGAGUUGGAACAGUUGCUUGAAGCUUUUGGCUCUGAGUUUUCUCUUGAAGACAUUGCCUGUGCUUAUAGCGAGGCAAGGCAUGAUGUAGAUAUGGCUGGUGAAAUUCUUUGUGGAAUGCGUGAAAGAACUUCAAGGACUGCUAUUUCUACAUCUAGAAAUAAAUUCAAAAGUGCAGAUGCCAUGCCCUUUCUUAUGUCUUCUGAACUGAAGGGUUCCAGUGCAGCAUCUACUAAAGAGUCAUCUAAAAGUGGUUCCUCAAAAUUUUAUCAUGAAACAAAUAGUGAAAAUUUGGAGUCAAAAGAUUGUUCUGCAUCAAUAGAUUCAAAGGACCUUCCGGUCUCUGGAGUAUCUUACCAGGAGAAUUCACUUAGUGUGACAGCAAGGCACAAUAAGCAGGCGGAAAUCGAAGAAUUUUUAUUCAAAAUGCUGGGGGAUGGCUUUCAACUUGACAUGACUGUAAUUCAAGAUGUACUUGGCCAGUGCGGGUAUGAUUUACAUAAGAGCGUAAAUAAACUGCUUGAUUUAUCAGUUUCUUCUUUGGAGAAGCGUGGGAAUGUUGUUGAUGAAGCUGCUGAAAUUUCUAGAGAGAAGAGUCUAGACUGUGAAUCCUUUUUCCAUCAAGAACUUUCCCAUCAGCCAGUUGCUGCUCAAAUUGACGGAACUGAAGGCAUGUCAAGAAAGUUGACAAAAUCACGUAGAAGGGACAAAGACAAACUUGACAUGGGAAAAGAAAUUCUGCAAUCAUUGUUUACUGUUCCUGAAAGAUCUGAGGAAACACCACAAAAAAUUCGCCUGCUAAGGGAAGUGAAGAGAUCAAGAGCAUUUGGUAAAUUGGUGACUGAACCUUUCAAAGACCCUGCUGUGGAACAUAAGCUUACUGCUGCAGAACCGCAAAUUGUUAGUAGAGAUGAUGUUGAAGUUGAUGAAAAUAGCUACGAUGUCUUACGACAAGCUGCAAAGGAACAUUGGGUUACAAUGAAAGCAUACUAUACUGCUUCUGUUGAUGCAUUUGUUAAUGGUGAUCAUGCACGUGCUGCAAAAUUUUUGGAGGAGGGGCAUUUUUUCAGCAAAAAGGCUCGGGAAGCUGAUGAAAAAUCUUGGGAAAAGAUUAUCGAAAAUGGAGAGGAAAAAGAAGAUGAAGUAUUGCCAAUUGACUUGCGCUCCCAUAAGCCCAAGGAAGCUCUGCGUCUUCUUAGGUUUUAUCUAACCACCGUAUCAGCUAUGAAGUAUCUUCGACUAAUAGUGGGGGCCGAUGGUGAAGAUGACACAAGGGAGGCUCGGAAAAGACUGCUACUGAAGCAACUGGAGAAAGAAUCAAUACAAUGGACUGAGGGAGAUAAUGGCAACACUAUAUUAAUCCAAGUGGACAGGAUUGACCCGAAGAGCUUGAGUUUUGCUAAAAACAAGAAUCCGACGCCAAAUUAGAUCACUCCGUCUGUUUUCGACUAGAAAACUAUGCUUUUGGUAAGGAAGAGGGUUUUUCAAAUUGUCAAGCUGAUGCUUGCAUGUGAGAUGAUAAUGCCUGCCAACUUUUCCUGCUUUAUGAAUGUUGCAUGGGAAAUUCCAUGGACAUGAGGUUCUUGACCUUUUUGAACUGCUUCAAUAAAUAUUUCUUCAGGGGAAACAGCUCUCAUGCUAGAAUUUGCCAGCGUAACAUUUCAAUGAUGCUUGAAUCAUUAUCAGUUUUCUCUAUGGCAAUAAAUAUUGAUGU